CGAGGUGGCCCCGCGCGCCCCUUCUUUCUUUCUUUCUUCCUUUCUUCUUUCUCUAGUCCUUGCUCAGUCUCUUAGCUUCGCAGCUGGCCUUGGUUGCACACCAUACUGCCCUUGUCGCCGGACACCGCAGCUGCACUAGAGACCGUCGCCCCCGUGCACCCUGCCAUGCGCGGCUAUCCCAGCCUCCUUGGCCGCGUGCCACUGUUCUGCCCGCUGCUGCUCCUGCUCUGCGCACUGGCGCUCGGCGCCCCCAGGCCCGCACCAGCAGAGCCUGCAGCUGGCAGCCUGACGUCCUUGGACAUUGUGCACCCAGUGCGUGUGGACGCUACUGGCACCUUCCUGUCCUUCGAGCUCUGGCCACACACAGUGCAGAAGCGGGCAGCACCAGAUUUGGAUUCAGGUUUGGGGCCUGCACCCCACACUACACCCACCUUCUUUCAGCUGCGCUACCGCGGGAGGGAGCUGCGCUUCAACCUCUCCACAAAUGUGUGGCUGCUGGCACCAGGCUUUGUGCUUGAGACACGUCGCACUGGUGGCCUGGGCCAGGCACAUAUCCGGCCCCACACACCUGCCUGCCACCUGCUGGGCCAUGUGCAGGAUCUACAGCUUGAGGGGGGCCAUGCUGCCAUCAGUGCCUGUGAUGGCUUGAAAGGAGUUUUCUGGCUGUCCGACGAGGACUACUUCAUUGAGCCCCUGGAUGGAGCUCCAGACCAGCCUGGCCAUGCAUGGCCCCAUGUGGUGUACAAGCACCAGAACCCUGAGAGGUGGGCAGCGCAAGGUGACAACCAGGCUUCACGCACCUGUGGAGUACAAGUGUCCCCAGAGCUGGAGCGUCAACAAGAGGACCUGGAGCAGCCACAACCAGGGAAGCAACAGCGACAGAAGCGUUUGUACCCCGGCUCAGUCAGCAAGGAGAAAUGGGUAGAAACCUUGGUGGUGGCUGAUACUAAAAUGGUGGAAUACCAUGGGCAGCCGCAGGUGGAGAACUACGUGCUGACCAUCAUGAAUAUGGUGGCAGGCCUCUUUCAUGACCCCAGCAUUGGGAACCCCAUCCACAUCACCAUCGUGCGCCUGAUCCUGCUGGAAGAUGAAGAGAAGGACUUAAAGAUCACACACCAUGCAGACAACACCCUGAGAAGCUUCUGCAAGUGGCAGAGAAACAUCAACAUGAAGGGGGAUGCCCACCCCCAGCACCAUGACACAGCCAUCCUACUCACGAGGAAGGACUUGUGUUUAGCCAUGAACCAGCCCUGUGAGACCCUGGGCCUGUCGCAUGUGGGGGGUAUGUGCCAGUUGAACAACAGCUGCAGCAUCAGCGAGGACACCGGCCUGCCGCUGGCCUUCACCGUGGCUCAUGAGCUCGGGCACAGUUUUGGCAUGCACCAUGACGGAAGCGGCAAUGACUGUGAGCCUGUUGGGAAACUGCAUUUCAUCAUGUCUCCACAGCUCCUGUACGACUCUGCCCCGCUCACCUGGUCCCGCUGCAGCAGCGAGUACAUCACCAGGUUCCUCGAUCGUGGGUGGGGCAUGUGCCUGGAUGACCCUCCAACCACCGAUGUCAUUGACUUCCCCUCUGUGCCACCCGGAGUCUUGUAUGACGUGGACCACCAGUGCCACCUCCAGUAUGGGGCCAACUCCAUCUUCUGUGAGGGCGUGGAUAAUGUCUGCCACACUCUCUGGUGCUCCGUGGGGAUGACCUGUCACUCCAAGUUGGACCCCGCUGUGGAUGGCACCAAGUGUGGGCCUGGCAAGUGGUGUUUCAAUGGGGACUGUGUCCCUAUGGGUUUCCGGCCAGAGCCGGUGGAUGGUGGCUGGUCCGAAUGGAGUGCCUGGUCCGUCUGCUCACGGAGCUGUGGCAUGGGUGUGCAGAUUGCCGAGCGGUGGUGUACACAGCCCGAGCCUAAGUACAAAGGCAGGUUCUGCUUGGGUGAGCGCAGGCGCAUGCGCCUCUGCAACCUGCAGGCCUGUCCACCUGGCCAGCCUUCCUUCCGCCAUGUCCAGUGCAGCCAGUUCGACUCCAAGCCCUACAAGGGCCAACUGCACACAUGGGUACCCGUGUUUGAUUACGGGAAUCCCUGCGAGCUGAACUGCCGGCCCUCUACUGAGCACUUUUCUGAGAAGCUGCGGGACGCUGUGAUUGAUGGCACUCCCUGCUACCAGGACCAGACCAUCCGUGACCUCUGCAUCAAUGGAAUCUGCAAGAGUGUGGGCUGUGACUUCGAGAUUGACUCUGGUGCUGUGGAGGACCGCUGCGGAGUGUGCCGUGGCAACGGCUCCACCUGCCACACUGUGAUCGGCACCUUUGAGGAGGCCGAGGGCCAGGGGUACAUGGAUGUGUGGCUGAUUCCCAUGGGUGCACGUGACAUCCACAUUGAGGAGGUGGCCGAUGCUGCCAACUUCCUGGCCCUGCGCAGCAGUGAGGACCCACCCAAGUACUUCCUCAAUGGAGGCUGGACCAUCCAGUGGAAUGGGGACUACCACGUGGCGGGCACCACUUUCACCUAUACCCGCACAGGCAACCGGGAGAACCUCACGUCCCCGGGCCCCACCAGUGAGCCUGUCUGGAUCCAGGUGCUGUGUCUUGGGGCCCAGCAUGGGGUGCAGAAGUGGGAAGCCCCCCACACACAGAAGGUUGGAAGCACAGAGCUGGUGCUGGGGGGUGGGGGACCUGCUACCACUCCUGCCUCAGUUUCCCUAGGGCCAAAGUGGCCCUGUGGAGCACUCCCAGUUGGCAGAUGGAGGGGACCCCAUGUGCUCACAGGGCUCCCCCACUUGCCCCAGCUGCUGUUCCAGGUGUACAACCCCGGGGUACGCUACGAGUACACAGUCCACAGAGAAACUGAGAACUUCAAUGCGAUACUGCCACCCAAAUUCUCCUGGCACCACGGGCCCUGGAGCGAGUGCACGGUCACCUGCGGCACAGGCAUGCAGAGGCAGAUCGUGUACUGUGUGGAGCACCAGGCAGGGCUUGUGGACGAGAGACACUGUGACCCCCUGACCCGCCCUGAUGACAACCACAGGACCUGCAGUGAAGAGCCCUGCCCCGCCCGGUGGUGGGCUGGGGAGUGGCAGCACUGCUCCCGCUCCUGCGGGUCCAAAGGCAUCUCCCGCCGGGCUGUGCUGUGCCUCCAGAGCGUGGGGAUGGAGGAGCAGAGUGUCCUGAACCUGUCGGCCUGUGAGCACCUUCCCCGCCCCCCAGCUGAAACCCCUUGUAACCCCAACGUGCCCUGCCCAGCCACCUGGGCUGUGGGCAACUGGUCUCAGUGCUCAGUGACGUGUGGAAAUGGCACUCAGCAGCGAAUUACCAUCUGUACCAAUGACACGGGCCUUCCCUGUGAUGAGGCCAACCGGCCAGCAACCGAGGUACCCUGUGCCCAGCAGCCCUGCCUGAACUUGCUGGCCCCCGAGGCAUCUGGCAGUGGUGCCUCCAGCCCUGAGCUCUUCAACGAGGUUGAUUUCAUUUCAAACUCCCUGGUCACGUGGCCCCUGCCCAACUCCACACCUGAGUCGGACAGCAUCAGCAAUCGCAUUGAAGACUUGAACCCACCCAGUCCCCAGUGGGUAGAUGACUUCUAUUAUGACUACAAUUUCAUCACUUUCCAUGAGGACCUAUCUUAUGGGAGCCUUGAGGAGCCCAGCCCAAACCUGGUGGGCAGUGUGGAACUGAUGCCCCCAACCCAAAGCAGCCCUGAUAAGCACCCAAUGGAGCCCCCCAAAGCAGAGGGGGGAAAGCAGGUAGCUGGCCACACCCCACUCCCACCCUUGCAGCAGCUCCCCCCAAACCCAGUGGUCCCACCCUUGCCUGAGGAAGAUGCCACCAUGGGUACCCCUGACCUUGGACUCCCCACUUCAGUCAGAAGCGCAGAGACACCUGCUGCCCCUGCAAGCCCCAAUGAGCUCCUAGUGAGAGAGGACAGCCAGACCUGGCCACCCCCUCCUCAGUGGAAUGGUGCCAAUGACAUCUCCAAGGACAGUGAGGAUGCUGCAGGCGGCAGAGCACGCCACCUGCCCCAAAGCCCCAGCCCCAUGCAGCCCCCUUGGCCUCCUGUCUACCCCACUCCCAUCUUUCCUGAAACUGAUGUGGUGCUGCUGUGGACAAGAACUACGUCUUGGGACCCUGCGCCAGAGAGGGAUCCACAUGGCGAGAUGCGGCCCACUACAGGAGUGGCUGUUUCCUCUCCUCUUCCCACCACUCAUGUGCCCACGACAUGGGAGCAGGACAGCCCCCUGACAGUGCCGCCGACGGCUGAGGAGGGCCACCCUACAGACCUGUCUGCCAGGAAUGCCACCUGGCAAGUGGGGAACUGGAGCCAGUGCUCUACCACCUGUGGCCUGGGUGCUGUUUGGAGAGCCGUGUACUGCAGCUCUGGUCGGGAUGCGGACUGUACUCCUGCUGGACGGCCCCAGCCUGCCCGCCACUGUCACCUGCGGCCCUGUGCUGCCUGGUACACAGGCAACUGGAGUAAGUGUUCCCGGGGCUGCGGUGGAGGCUCUGCAGUGCGGGACGUGCACUGUGUGAACACACAGGACCUCCGUCCGCUGCGGCCCUUCCACUGCCAGCCUGGGCCCAGCAAGCCACCCACUCGCCAGUCUUGUGGGACCCAGCCCUGCCUCAGCUGGUAUACCUCCUCCUGGAGAGAGUGCUCUGAAGCCUGUGGCGGUGGUGAGCAGCAGCGUCUGGUGACUUGCCCAGAGCCCGGCCUUUGUGAGGAGACACUGAGACCCAAUGCCACUCAGCCCUGCAACACCCACCCCUGCACACAGUGGGUGGUGGGGCCCUGGGGCCAGUGCUCAGCACCCUGUAGAGGGGGCGUCCAGCGGCGCCUGGUCAAGUGCGUCAACCUACGGACAGGGCUUCGUGAGGAAGACAGCGACCAGUGCAGCCACGAGGCCCGGCCUGAGGGCUCCCGAUUAUGCAGUGCGAAGGACUGUGAGGUCACUGAGCCCCCACGCUGCGAACGAGAUCGUCUGUCCUUCAACUUCUGUGAGCUCCUGCACAACAUGGGCCACUGUGAACUGCCCACUGUUCGUGUACAGUGCUGCCAUUCAUGUCACCCAUCUAACCACAAGAGCCUAUCCCAUGGCCACUCACAGGUAGCCCACCGCUGACAAGGACCUGGGCAGGACACACAGACUGUCAAACUGUCCAUGACACACAGACCUCAGCGCCGCCCCUCAUGCCCUAUGGUGCUAAUCCUGCCCACCCCAGGGCAGGCAGGGACC